GCGUUUGCGGGGGCUUUUGACGGCGCUAGUUAAAACUUCACACCCAAUUGCAAGCAAUAGGUGGGCGAGCUCCCGGCUUGGCGAUGGACUCCUUUUCGUCGCUCAGCGCCUCCCUCUAAGCGCCUUGGGCUAGGGUUUCGCGGCGAGGAGGGGUUGCGCUCCACGGCUGGGCGCUAGGGACGGGCAGGGGCUCGGAAUAUCGUGUUCUUGGAGGGGAUUAGGCGGGGUUGUGCGUUCUUGUGGGCAAAGGGGCUUGGAUUUGGGACAAGGAUGUGUUACGAGCGGCUUGGCUCGUAGAAGGCGAUGUUGUCCUCUUCGCAAACGUAUGGGCAGCUAGGGACGAUGAUGCACCGCCCUACUCCUCAGCGUCCACAGCCCAAUCAUGGAAACACUAAUGCACUAGACUCGGAGGUAUGGCAUGCAUGCGCAGGGCCACUUGUGUGCCUCCCCCGUGUAGGAGAUCGGGUGGUUUAUUUCCCUCAGGGUCACAUAGAACAGGUAGCGGCAUCCACAAAUCAGAGCGCGGAUAUGCAAAUGCCGCAUUACAAUCUCCCCUCCCAGAUUUACUGCCGACUUCUAAACUUAACGCUGGGAGCGGACCGUGAGACUGACGAGGUUUUUGCUCAGAUGACACUAGUUCCCGAGAACGAGCAAGGAGAUCAGUCGAUUGAUACCGAAGAUGAGCUAUCACCGUGUCCAAAGAGGAAGCUGUCCAUGUUCUGCAAGAACUUGACGUCCUCGGACACAAGCACGCACGGAGGGUUUUCGGUGCCACGGAGGGCAGCGGAGGAGUGCCUACCUCCUCUAGAUUAUCAGCAGUCGCCUCCAGCUCAGGAGCUGGUGGCCAAGGACUUGCACGGUGUGGAAUGGAAAUUCAGGCACAUCUACCGAGGACAGCCAAGGAGGCAUUUGCUUACCACCGGCUGGAGCGUGUUCGUCAGCCAGAAGAAACUUGUAGCUGGCGACGCAGUGCUCUUCCUGAGGGGAGACAAUGGAGAGCUACGGAUUGGAGUUCGGCGUGCCGUAAGGCAGCAAAACAGCGUUACAUCGUCAUCCUUGUUAUCCAGCCAUAGCAUGCACUUGGGUGUUCUUGCUGCAGCCGCCCAUGCAGUUUCAACAAAGACUAUGUUCACGAUCUUCUACAACCCACGAGCAAGUCCUGCGGAGUUCGUUGUCCCUUACCACAAGUAUGUCAAGGCUUUUACUCACAACUUGUCUGUCGGGAUGCGAUUUAAGAUGAGGUUCGAAACGGAGGAGUCAUCCGAGCGACGAUAUAUGGGAACUAUAACUGGGGUGGGAGAUAUCGACUCGGAUAGAUGGAUCAACUCCAAGUGGCGAUGUUUGCAGGUUGGCUGGGAUGAGCAGACCGCAAACGAAAGACAGGAGAGAGUAUCGCCAUGGGAAAUCGAGCCGUUUAUAGCACCCAACGUUGCCAACCCUCCUACCACGCAAAGGGUGAAAAAGUUCCGGCCAAACACUCCAGCCAACGAAUUUCCGACAGGCAAGAACAACUCAGAUUCUGCCCAAGCGAUGCAUAUGAGGGCCUUGCAAGGAAGUCAUGCGCUGGGUAUGCCCUCCAAAGAGGAGGAAGGACUCCGAGGAUCGUCCCCGUUUGCUGUUUGGCCAUACAACCGAGACGAUCUUAAAGGUGAAAGCUGGAUACAGUUGCGGACGGCAGAUGCACCAGUGAUGGAUAUGUUCGGAAAUAUUAUUGCCCCCGCUGGACGGCAUAUGGAUUCCAGCAACGUUGAGAUGCACCAGCAGCUGAGGCAUUGUCUGCAGCAGCUAAGGGACCAGAAGAGCUGCCACUUCGACGCAAGCAAUUCUCAGGUGCAACUGAGCCCGAGGCUAUCAUCUUUCUCACCGUAUCAGCAAGGUGACGCUGCAGACCUGCACCUUUCUACACCGAGGCCGACAAACCACGGCGUGGUGCGGGAUAGUUCUUGGCUCUCACCUCUGGGGCCAACACAAACAGAUGCACAGGCCUACGUUGCAGCAGACACGACGCUAUCUAUGCAGUUUUCAAAGUCGGAAAUGACGACCGAGCGCAUGCAUAUAGAUUCCAACCCAGAUCACGAACCCCGCGAGCACAGCUGCAAGAUAUUCGGCUUCUCUCUGAUCGAAAAGUCGCCGCCAGCGGCCAGCAGGAACCCCGAGGAGGCG